AUGGGGGACGGCCUUAGCCGCCGCCGUCGCCGCAAGAAUGUUCAGAAGAAAGCCGUGCCGCUAACCAAGAUUGAAGAUGUACCGGAUGAACUUUUGGAGCUGGUGUUCAUACGCCUCACUUCGCCUGCCGACAUCAUCCGCGCAGCGUGCACCUGUAGGUGCUGGCGCCGCGUCAUCCGUGGCGCGUCGGUCUCCUACGUCGUCGGCCACUACCAGGUCGACGAGCGUCUGCACGGCCGUCUUCCUCCUGGCCUUAACCCGGUGUUCAUUCCUUCUCCCUCCCCCUCGCCGUGGGUGGACAUCAUCGCCGCGCGGAACCUUGGGCUCGACUUCCUCCCGCGGCAAUUUGGCUACUUCAUCUGGGAGCUCACUGACGUUCGUGGAGGCCUCUUGCUCCUUCUAGAUUCGAAGCACGGCUCAGCCCUCGUCAUCUGCGAUCCUCUAGCGCGGCGCUACAGGAUGAUCCCACGCUCGGCGUGGUUCCACCGCCGCGAGUUCAUGGGGGCCUUUCUUCUGGACGGCGAGGACGCGAGUGCUAGCAUCAGCUUGUCAAACUUCAGGGUGACGUGCGCAGUCUGUUCCGAGGGGCUUGGCAUUGCCAGGGCCUGCAUGUUCUCGUCCAUCACCAACCGAUGGACUUCCGGCGGCGCGCCUGGCUGCAUUGUGCGGGGCUUGAGGGGAUACGGCAUCCGCUUCGGAGGGUGCAGUGACGAUGGGUCCACCGCCUACUGGACAGUCGGAGGUGUCGGCAUUCUUAUUGCUCUGGACAAGGAGGCCGGCGAGCUCUCCUCUUCUGUCAUGUCGGACAAGGUUAAUAAGGUUAACCAUUAG